UCCCCAGAAUAGUCGGUGUUUGGGCCAUAUAAUAAGUAUAUAUAAGUAAAUAUUUAUUAUCCUACUUGAAAAUAAGUUUGGUAGCUGCUGCUAACUCCAUUCAGUACUGGUGGAACCACUUCGGUUGUAGUUUCAAACAAGUACAAAUACGAACCUGUUAAAUCCCGUUAUUAUGACGAACCGUGGGACUCAUGUAAAAUUUAAAGUUGAUAGCUGAGAAGUUUUUCGAGGGGGUAAAACUGGAGCUCCAACUCCACACGUCGCGUCACUUCCUCGGCUGGCGCCCAUCCCUGUGGAAGAAAAAAAAAACGACGGCGAGGGAAAAGAAGAACGAAGGGAAAAGACGCUCGAAAGCCGAGAGGGGAAACAAAUAUCCAGAUGUAAAAGAAAGUCGGAGAUACGGACGAGAGAGGGUGAAGCAAACUGCAGAAUUUUACCGUUUGAGAACAGACAUGCCGCUCCACAAAUCAACCCGGGGCUCUCGACUGGACCCCACUAUGAUUUCAGCCCCUUUGGGUGACUUCCGCCACACCAUGCAUAUCGGCAGAGGUGGCGACGCCUUCGGGGACACGUCGUUCCUGUCCACGCUGGGUCCGAGUCCACCUAACUCCGACCUAGGGAGCCCGGGGUCUUCAUCCGUGGAUUACGCGACAACUGCGAACCACAAUGAUCUGUAUCAAGAACCAACAGGGAAUCUGGCGAGGGAUGAGCUAGAGUUCUCAGAGCCGUUGCCGUCAUUUACAUUGGAUUUGGAUCUAGAUUUAGGUCCUUCCAUGCUAGGGGACGUACUAGGGGUAAUGGACGGUUUAGGACUGGAUUCCAAAAAUAUUACAUCCCCAGUGGAAACAAAACCAAGCAAGGAGACGUCCGUCGUGAACAGGCACAACGAGCUGAACGGAAGGAACCUGGAUGAAAACCAGAUGGGCGAUGGCAGAGUAACAGAUGGGAUCAAACCAAAGGGGCUGCGUCCCAAAGUGAGAUUCAGCGACAAGCGGGAGGAGAUAAUCCGCCAGGCAUCGGAGGAGGAUGAAGGUCAAGGGUUCGACUUUCAGGAGGAGGACCUGACGACGAGUCCAACAAGGGAGAGGGUUGAAACGGAGUUCGCCGCCCACAAAGAUGGGCCUCCCAGCCCGGCUUCAUCUCAUAGCUCCGACUACGAAGGGGUUAGCGCACUGGACCGGAGGAGGGUCGGUAGCAGCCACUCGGAAAGUGACUCAGAGGAAGAGGAAGUGGGGCGAGGCUAUACUUUUGAAGACGACUUUGAUGAUGAAAUUGGACUAUAAUCUGACUGCUACCAAGUGUUGUUCACCCCAACAUAGUUGGCUUUUAGGUUACAUUUCAGGUUGGAUCUACACUUCCCAUUAGUUAUUAUAACUUAAAUGCGUUUAGCUCAGCAUGCUUCAUUACAACUGUGGCAGCCGGGGUUCGAUUCCCACAUUGCACAAGUUAUACUUAAAUUGAAGUCCAGUUUACUCGACAUGUUGAAUUUGACUUGUGCCAACUUAUAUUUUUCUUUACACUGCAGGUUCAUCCUGAAAUUUCACUCGAAAGCCACUUUUUCAUGAGUCUUGACAUAAGGGGUGAAAGUGAUGGAAACAAACUUGAUUUUAGUUUUCUUCCUAAAGCUGUACAGCGUGUCGACGAUGUUGCUCUGCUGGAAAAACACGUUUUAUCGACAAGGGUAACAGAUAUAACAAAGACCCGUUUUAAUACAAGCAGCAUUUGUGUGAAAAAGUUGUAGCACUUUUUAGCCCAGAGGCUUUUUAAUCUCAAUUUUAUUCAUCCUUUACCAAAUGUGCCAUGUUUUUAAGUGCCUUAAAUCGAGCAAGUAUUGUAGUUUGUGUUGUCUUUGUCUUUUUCUUUCGUUUUCUGCAUGUUUAUGUCUUCAUGUUUGUCAUUCAUUUCGAACGUCGUCGUGCAACAUUCCAUCUUUUGACAAUGUGAGUUUCUCUGGAUCUGAUCUCGUUAGAUCUAAUUGCAGAGUGUAGUUAUUUUUUGUGUGCAUGUUUUCAUACACUACCAAAGCUUUUUUCCCUUUAGGGCUGCAGGGCUGGAAAAAAAUGGGAUAAAUGCUGAGACAAUCAAAUACUUUUUUAAAAAUAUCUCUUAAUGCUGUAAAAUGGAGAAUGACAUGUUUAUCCAUGGAACUGGCUGGCAUUUAAUGUCCUGUGGUUUACAGUGAAAUAAAACAAAAUUUUGGGAUUUUAAAUUGGUGCAAGCCUUGUUUUGUAUUGUUCAACUUCACACAGAAUUGUUUAUUUUAAGCAUGCAGCAAUUCUUAAAAAACAAACAAA